CGCACUGUAAGCGAGCGACGCCACAAAAACACAACCCGAAGCACGCUAUUUAAGACAAAUUCGUCGACUAAUGAGACAGUUCUCGACUGUCGAGACGUUUAUUCACAAAUGCUCUGGGGCAUCGAGACUGAAAUCGAUUGAAAUUUAAAUAUUAGCGCUAUGCAUUGUUUACAGACAGGACGUGAGAAUGUCUUAUCUCAUACGGUGGUCUAAUAAUAAUCGUCGGUGUGGUAGUUCAGACUAUCUUACACCUCCCAUGGGCUGAGUAGUUAAAUGUCAUAGGCGCUUGAUCGCCGCGUAUUUUAUUACAACCACACGGGGUGAGGAGGUCUUCUCCACUUUAAAAUUAAUAAUUUGUUUGUGUAUUAGUUUUAACUGCAUAUUCCGAGGGCGUUCUUCGUAAGUUGUACUUAUUUCCUCACAACCUAAAGUAAGAAAGUGCAGAGAGAAUGGAAUCCCGUCCGGAUGGAUCAGGACCUGCCUUGCAUUUCACAAGUGGUUUUAGUGAAGUAUCUAGACCCGCCAAGACCUUUUAUCUUCGAGACGUCUACAACCCCAAACCACCCUCACAAAGGACCCCAGUGGCAAUACGUCCACCCAGCCCAAAACCAGGUCCUCCUCAGGAGCCCGUCAUCCAGCGCAGACAGUCCUGUGAGCCAGAGCCAAAACCCAUCAUGAGAAGACGAGCUAAAUCCCUCUCAUCCUCCUCAGAAGAGAAAACCUGCAGGAACAUGCAGGUCCGCUUUGUAGAUUCCUUGGGGUUGGAACUGGAAGAUGUUAAGUUCUUCAAAGCCAGUGAGGACCCACUGGUGCCAGUCCACGUUAUCACAAGACUGCUGGCAAGCUCAGAGCUGGCCUCCAGGAAAAAGCUGGAGCUCUCCCUACCCUACUUCCAGCCAUCCUUCCCUGACAAUAUGAGUGCCGAGUCUGGAUUCCUCAAACGCUUGUGCCAGCAGCGAGUUUGCCUAGAGCAAGUGUUUUGCUCUGAGCUGGGAAUUUUUGGAACUGUGCAAGUGUUGAACUUGGCCUAUGAGAAAGAGGUUUUGGUACGAUACACGUUUACAGAUUGGAAGAGCAGUGCUGAGAGUAAAGCGAGCUGGAUGUCCACCAUUCACAGAGAUGGGCGUGAUCCAGAGUCAGACGUGUUUCGUUUUCACCUGCCUGUCCCACCUUUCAUUAUGCAACCAGGUGCCAUGCUACAAUUUGCCAUCUGCUACCGGGUCAGAGGAUCUGAGUACUGGGACAACAAUGGUGGAUGUAAUUAUAAAGUGACCUGCCAGACAUACAAAUUGACGGUCCCCAGAGAGUGUGAAGAUAGCCUGGUGCAUUUCAUUUGACUCUCCACUAGAGAUUGCAUAUACAGUGCUGUGAAAUACACAUACAGUGUUUGCUUCCAUCCUGAUUUCUUCUGAUUUUGUUUAUAUUUCAAAUUAAAUAGUAUUGGAUCUUCAAAUCAAAUGAAUGCAACAUAAAACAAGGGCAUAACUGGAGACUGGAGUUUUUAACAGGACUGUGGUGAAAUUUUAGCCCACUCGGGACUGCUGCAUUGAAGCUUCUGAAAAAACUCAGAAGCUUUCAUUUUGCUUUUCUGAGCCCUACAUUUUCACAGCACAAAUGUAUAAAAAGCCUUUACAAAUUGUGUUUAUCCUAAGGAUCAUUUAUACACAUUUUAAUAAGUCACACUAAUGGAAGUUAUCCUAAAAUGGCACUGAUUUCAGCACUGGCUACCACCCAAAAACAACUGCAAUACCAGACCGCCUCAUUAUUGUUAAUGCUGAAGGAGACUUUGAUCUUUAAGUGUGUGUUCAAAAAUAGAACAGACUUCUUGCACAUUCUUUCAAUUCCUUUAGAUCUCAAUGCUGUCUCUUUUUCUGUCUCCCAAGAUAUUGCACAUUAUAGAGCUAUGACUACAUGUUAUAGUGCUAUGACUACACGUUAUAGUGUCAUGACUACAGCUAUGCAGUGCAGUCUUAAUGUCUUGUUGUUCAGAAGAUUAUUUUUCUGAAUUUGUAAUUGAUUCUCUUGCAUCUGUUCUACAGUACAUGCUGGGAAACCUUUAGAAUUAUUCAGUGAGGUUUUGUACAAUUUUCCAGUUGUGCCUUGUUAACAUCUUUUCCAGGUGUGCUAUGUGGAAUUAGACUAUUUUUAAAGGAAUCAUGUAGCACAAGCUACAUGAGCAACUUUUUGCAUAUAAUCUUUUUUUUUUCUGAUUAAAUUUUUCUUGCAUGUUACUCAACAAAUAAAGAAAAACAAGGUUAUUUAUGUUUUUGAAGUUUGC